CAUUGUCGUUGUGGUGCACACCUAAUUUAUCGUGUGUUGUCAUGUGUAUUGUCCUGAGCUGUAAUGUAUGUGUUGUUAUCUUCAGAGCUGUAACUUAUAUUUGGUGUUAAACGUUGGAUUGGCGUUUACUGAUCGCGUGUUGAGCCUAUCACGUUACAAUGACGACUGGCGCACCCAUACAAAGCUUAGCAGUGCUAGUUGUACUCGGUUUGCUGACGGGAAUUUUGGGUCACAUCCCGCUCAAUGAAGCCCAUCGCUCCGGUAGCUGGGACCUUUGCACGCACGUUUGUCCCGGUGCCACGUCGUGUAUAAACACCACCAAUGGUGAACAGUUCGUCUACAGAUGUGUUUAUCCCAAUGGGCAACUGGAUAUUAUGCGCGAUAAAAACGUGAUGAGCAAACGAAUGCAACUGCAAUCGGCUCGACAGGAAUCACCGAAUGUGCCUACUGCGCAACCGGAUUUGAUGGAGAAAACAGACGUUCGGCCAUCUAAUGCCAGCCGCUUACGACAAUUGAUACGGAAAGCUCUUGACGAAACUUUGGGACGUCUUCCGAAAAAAACCAACGUAAUUCCCGUAGACGCUUUCCCGGCUGUUAACUUUUCGCGGCGCCUUUCUCCCGAUCGAAAUCGGGUUACGUUGCAACCAGCGGUUCCAAUUACAACACCAUCAACACCCUUUCUAGAACUGUCCGCAAAUCCACAAUGCGAAUACUGCGAGUCUCCUGACCAAUGUAAAGAUAAAACGCGACCUUACUGCUACCAUUCGCACGCAUGCGCAAGAAGAGUGUGUCAAUCCCUCUAGUUAGGGAACGCCAAAGUAAACUAGUCCAGCGCAUCCACCUCGAAUCGGAUAAACCACGUGCUUGAACGCCCUAAAGGUUGUCAGCCUUGUAUCAGUUUAAAAAAUGGGCAUGGUUGUAAUGUGAAUGUCUUCCCGAAAACACAAAGACGUGGUUCUUCCCGGUUAUUGGAUCUCAUAGUGUAUCUAUCAUUCUAUGCUUGUAUAUGUAACAACAUGAAAUUUGUGUGUACAAUUCAGCCGAAAGUCUUCAUGAUAAUCUCUAUGUAUAAUGACGAUAACGUUUAUUCAAAACUGUACGAAUUCCAUGAUAUAAAUCAUAUAAAUCCUCCAUUCUUCUAUGUCACUUAGCAUAUGAUUGUUAUUAAAAUAACAUCAAUUGUAUGUGUGUCUAUAGUUACAUGAUAUUUAUUUGUGUACAAAGAAAUACGUUGUUAUCUUCAAUAAAUUAUUCUAUCUG